AGACUAAAAAAAUUUUAAUGUCUACAGAAAAUAAUUCGGAGGUUCUAAAUAAUUUUGGAUCUGAUCAAACAAGCGUAAAGAAUUUAUUAAUUGAAAAUGGACAGCUUAUCGAAACCGCCGCUACUUGUCAGAGGAUGGGACGUCUUGAGGAGUCAUUAAAAUGCCAGGAAACGCUUCGCAAAAAUUUGAUACUUUUAGCCAAGCUAGUUGAGCCAUAUUGUGGUGCCCAAAUAAUUCAGGAGUUAGGGCCCUCCACAACAGUCCAACAACAACAACUACCAACACCUGUAUCAACUCAACAACCUUCUUCUACAAAUAAUUCUAUCCCUCCUCCACAACAACAACAACAACCUAACGAGUCUUCUCCCCAAAAUGAAAGAACACCUUCCCAGCCUUUAAUUAAUUCAAAUAUUUCUCCAAACCAGCAACAAGUAACACAACAAAAUAUUAAUCAAAUUCCUCCUCAACAGCAACAACAAUUAUUACAACCACCCCAACAACAACAACUUUAUAUUAAUGCACAACAACCAAAUAUGCCAACAAAUCAACAACAACACUUCUCUCCUUCACAACGUCAACAACAGCAACAAUUACAACCAAAUCCUGUUUCUCCUCAACAACAGCAAUAUAUUCAGCAAAGGCAAAUUCCUUAUGGAAUUGUCCCUCCUCAUGUUUAUGUUGCCCAACAACCACAACAACAACAUUCUCACAAUCAACAACAAAAUUCUUUAAUGGCUGCUCCAUAUGGAUUUUCUGGUCAACCAAAUGCCCUUUAUGGAGGACAACCAAAUCCACAAGGCUUUAAUCCUCAAUCUUCAGCACAAGCACAAAUGUAUCAUCAUCAUAUGAUGCAACAACAACAGCAAAAUCAUUAUCAACCACAAGUAGCACCUUCACCACAUUCAAAUAUUCAACAAAACUCGCAAACUAGUGGAGGGAUUCAACAUCAAAGAUGA